AUGCAGUCGAUGCCGCCGAUGAUGCCGCCAACCAGUGGCAACAUGAGCAUGGGUGGCUUGCCUCCACAAGGAUUCCAAAGUAUGCCGCCUCAAGCUGGCGGGCCACAGGGCUCGAUGAUGCCGCCAAUGACUAACGUCCCUGGAUCUGCAACUGUUCCACGAACUUCAAUACCAGGGACGGGAAUGCCAGGAGGAGCUCCGCUGGGUGGACCACCCAUGUCUGCUGCUUCCAUGCAAAGCGGUUUUCAACCAGGGCCGAUGAACUCCAUGCCGAACAUGAGCUCGAUGCCCGCCAUGGCAGGCCCCUCCAGCUUUCAGAUGCCACCAGCUCCGACGCAAGGCCCGCCACUGGCAAUGCAGGGGCAAUACAUGCCGAACAUUUCCCGUCCUCAGAUGACCAGCGCGGCCAAUCCUCCUGUUGUUGCAGGAAACAUUCAGUAUGGCCCGUCGUACAAGAUGCAGUAUCAGCGAAGAUCGACAGCUGACAAGUCGGCAGUCAAGUACACAGGGUUCCUCCCUCUGGAAGGUGUUUAUGAGGAAGACACGUGCCGAAUCGGAUGA